AUGGCCAUGGAGAAGAGGCCUGAUUUCCUAGUGUGGAGUGUAAGUUGGGAAGAGUUCUCCUUGCACGCGGCAUUCCUCUUCACCCUCUUCUUAGCCCCUUACAGCCUCAUCAUGGCCUUGAAUAGCAUCAUCAUCUUCAUCACCUGGACAGACGCCAGGCUCAGACAGAUCCCAGUCCCCUGUGUACCUCCUCCUUGGCCACCUGUCUUUGCAGGGGCCCAUACUGUGGAUGCAAGCAACAGCAGCACAGUCACAGAGUUCAUCCUUGUGGGCUUUGAGAAGAGCUCCCCUUACACGCGGGCAUUCCUCUUCACCCUCUUCCUAGUCCUCUACAGCCUCGCCAUGGCCAUGAACGGCCUCAUCCCCAGGCUCAACAGCCCCAUGUACUUCUUCCUCGGCCACCUGUCUUUGCUGGAUGUCUGCUUCAUCACCAACACCAUCCCACAGAUGCUGGUCCACCUGCUGACCAAGAACCACACGGUCUCCUUUGUCUCCUGCAUGACCCAGAUGUAUUUGGUCUUCUCCAUGGGUGUGGCGGAAUGCAUCCUCUUGGCCUUCAUGGCCUAUGAUCGCUAUGUUGCCAUCUGCCACCCACUCAACUAUGCCCAGAUCAUGAGGCGGCAGGUCUGUGUCAGCCUGGUGAGUACUUGCUGGAUCUUUGGGAUGAUCAAUGGCAUCUUUCUGGAGUACAUGUCAUUCCGGAAUCCCUUCUGCAGAGACAACCACGUUGAGAACUUCUUCUGUGAGGCCCCCAUAGUGAUCGCCCUCUCCUGUGGGGACGUCCAGUUCAGCAUGAAGAUGAUCUUUGCUGAUGCCACCGUGGUGCUGCUGAGCCCCACAGUGCUUGUGGUCAUCUCCUAUAUCCGCAUCCUGACCUCCAUCCUCAGCAAAGCCUCCCCCUCAGGUCGAGGAAAGACCUUCUCCACCUGUGCCUCCCACCUGACCGUGGUCAUCCUUUUAUACUCAUCGGCUAUGUUCUCUUACAUGAAUCCCCGCAGCACUCAUGGGCCUGACAAAGACAAGAUUUUGUCCCUCCUCUACACCCUCAUCUUUCCCAUUUGCAACCCCAUCAUCUAUAGUUUCCGCAACAAGGAAAUGAAGGGGGCCAUGGGAAGAGCCCUUGGGAGAACUGGCAUGGACCAUUCAGAGUCUGUCUAG